AUGUCUCCGCUCGCUGAGCUUCUCAGCCUCGACCUGUCCGGCUGCACCGGCAAGAUCAUCGCCGAGUACAUAUGGGUCGGCGGCACCGGGAUGGACGUCAGGAGCAAAGCCAGGACGCUGCCCGGACCCGUCGAUGACCCCAGCAAGCUUCCAAAAUGGAAUUUUGACGGCUCCAGCACCGGCCAAGCCACGGGUGACGACAGCGAGGUCAUCCUCUGCCCUCAGGCCAUCUUCAGGGACCCGUUCAGGAAGGGGAACAACAUCCUGGUCAUCUGUGACUGCUAUGCGCCUAACGGAGAGCCGAUUCCGAGCAACAAGCGGUACAACGCAGCGAGGAUAUUCGGCCACCCUGAUGUCAAGGAUGAAGAACCAUGGUAUGGGAUUGAGCAGGAGUACACCCUUCUUCAGAAGGACACCAACUGGCCCAUUGGCUGGCCACUAGGGGGUUACCCUGGCCCUCAGGGACCUUACUACUGCGCCGUGGGUGCAGAGAAAUCUUACGGGCGCGACAUCGUCGACGCGCACUACAAGGCCUGCCUCUACGCCGGCAUCAACAUCGGCGGCAUCAAUGCAGAAGUCAUGCCAGGACAGUGGGAGUUCCAAGUUGGCCCUUCCGUCGGCAUCUCUGCCGGCGACGAGCUCUGGGCGGCUCGCUACAUCCUGGAGAGGAUCACUGAGAUUGCUGGCGUCGUCGUCUCCUUCGACCCCAAACCGAUCCCGGGAGAGUGGAAUGGUGCUGGUGCCCACACAAACUACAGCACCAAGUCGAUGAGGAGCGAGGGCGGGUACGAGGUGAUCAAGAAGGCGAUCCAGAAGCUGGAGGCGCGGCACAUGGACCACAUCGCCGCCUACGGCGAGGGCAACGAACGCCGGCUCACCGGCCGCCACGAGACCGCCGACAUCAACACCUUCGUCUGGGGCGUGGCGAACCGCGGCGCGUCGGUGCGGGUGGGCCGCGACACCGACAAGGAAGGCAAGGGGUACUUCGAGGACCGGAGGCCGGGGUCCAACAUGGAUCCCUACGUCGUCACCUCCAUGAUCGCCGACACCACCAUCCUCUGGAACGCCGGCCUCUCCAAUGGCAGGUAG